CCUUCUCCGUCGCUUCUCGCCGUUUCAUUUGCCUUCCCAUCUCCGCCGGCGGGUGAUGGUGGCUUUAUCAAUGCAGACGGGCGUCAUCAUCUCCGCCUCUCGUCAUCACCAGUUUGCCGUCAAUGCGUCCCUCUCUCCCUUCACCACGGCAACUCGACAACUUUCUUCAAGGAAUGCUGACGCCCUUCUGCGAUGGGAGGAUGAAGGAAUGGGCGAGGCCGCCGCUGCAGAGCGCCGGCGGAAGAUGGAGUGGAGGCUCAUCGGCAACUCGGGCGUGCAGUGUGUGAUGGAUCUGCUGAGGCGAUGGUUUGAGGUGCAGAGGACCUGGGAGAUGGCCCAGGCUGACCUCGCUGUGCGGCCUUUGGGCGUGGAUGAAGAUGUGUGGCUGCCAGUGCAAGUCAAGACCAGCAAGGAGAAAAUAACCCGUUUCUGGUUCUUCGGCCGUGUUCACCAUUACGCCGACAUGCCCGUCAUCUGUGUGGCUCUUUCGGACCUCCGCAUCUGGUGCUACAGCGGAUCCGUACUGCAGCAACGACUUACAUAUGGGAAACUCAGCGUGUAUGAGAAUGGGCGGUGGAACCAUGAGAGCUUCCGGUGCUCAAGGGCCCUUGAGGGCCCGGCAUCUCUGUCGCACAAGCUGCUGGUGGCCUAUCAGGACCCCUCGUUCACCAAGGACUCGCUGGCGAACAUCAUGCUGCAGCGGUCCGAGACGCAGCAGAAAGGCCAGGAAUCCGUUGCCGCAUGGGCUGACCUACUAUCUGCUGCUGACGUGGAGGUCCGUCAGCAGCUCAUCUACGAGAUGACGCCUGUCGAUGCUGUUUGGUGGUGGAAUAAGAAGCGAUUCCCCAUUCAGCACAAACAGGCUUUCCUUCACCAUUGCAACAACGGCUCAUAUCAUGUCGUCCUUUAGAAGAGCGCCGGCAGGAAGGGAGGACGCUAUACAUGGCAGCUGU